AUGAAAGCACCCGUAGUCUGUCCACUAACGGAGUAUGGAUGCUGCCAUACAAUUGUCCGAUAUGAUUUUGGUAACCAUCUGAUAACUGUGCAACAUCAACAAAGUUUAUUGACAUUUUUGGAGAAAUUACAAGAAUCAUUGAAAGGAAUAAAUCCUAAUACAAAAUCUCUCACAACAACGAGUACAGCUGUUGAACAAGAAAACAUCGAUCAUUCUUCAUUAAUGGAAAUUGAGCAUGCGAAUACAUCAUAUUCAUCGACUCAUAUAAAUGAUUUAUUUGUGGAGCUUAGAAAGUGUUAUGAGUUACUGACAAUUCUGACACAAGGUGCUCAAACAUCAUUAAAUGAUACGAAUCGAUUAAAUACAGAAUUAUUACAUUUAAAUAAUCCAAUGACAGGAAUACAUAAACAGUUGAAUGAACCGAAAAAGAAUAUAACAGAAAUAGAUAAUUAUAUUGCAACUAUAGGUGCUAAUCAGGAACGUUUACAACAAGAUCUAUCAUAUGCACGGCAGAAAAUAGAAGAAAUACAAAAUGUUUCAUAUGAUGGAAAUUUGAUCUGGCGAGUAACAAGCGUCUCUGAUAAAACACCUAAUGCGAAACGUGAAAGACAAACAUCCAUUUAUUCUCCGCCAUUCUACUCAUCACCGACUGGCUACAAAAUCAGAGCUCCUCGCGAUUUGAAUGGAGAUGGAAACGCUAAACAAACCCACAUGUCUCUCUAUUAUUCCUCGCUUAAAAGACCCAAGACAUCUCAAUGUUUCCAACCGAGCAAGCAACAACAGCAACCAAAACGCUAUAAUAUACAGCAAUAUCGUCGCCGAAGUUAA